CGAGGGCUUUUCUAGUACUUCUUCAGCCACAAUUGAUAAAGAAUCUGCAGCAUAUUUUCUCUGCUUUUCCUGGUUUGUCCUUUGAAUUGUACAGUGUUUAUGCAAUUGAAAGUGUAGAGUAUCUGUUCGGCAAGUUUAUUUGUGGCUAUCGCGUGGAAAUGCUGAUGGAUUGAAGAGUAGCGAAAUGCAGUCGUCGAGGAUGAACAAGACUGUGGCCAAGAUUGAGAUGGAGGACAUCAUUGUGAGCGCCUUGGGACUGGAUACGAUAAAGUGUCCACAGUGCAGAAAGCGCUUUGCCACGCCAGAAGAGGUGGAGGAGCACCGGAAGGUUCACAUGACAACGUACUUCUGUGACGAGUGCCUCAAGUCCUUCACGACGCAGGGCGGCUUCUGGAAGCACAUGAAGUCCCACUCGAACGAUCGGCCGUACGUCUGUCCGACGUGCAAGAAGAGCUUCACGCAGGCCGCCAAUCUGCAGAGGCAUCAGCUCGUGCACAGCGGACUGAAGCCGUAUCAGUGCAACAUCUGCCAGAAGACCUUCAGCCAGAACGCCAAUGCCCAGAAGCACAUGCUGUUGCACACAGGGAAGAAGCCGUACAAGUGUCUCACGUGCGACAAGGCCUUCGCACAGCAAGCCAACCUCACCAAGCACGAGAGGGUGCACACCGGAGACAAGCCUUACACGUGCCACAUCUGCAACAAGUCCUACACGCAGCUCGCCAACAUGCAGAAGCACCUGGUUGUGCAUUCUAAGAUUGGCGCCAAGCACAUUUCCAAAUACAUCAAAGUCAUAACAGUGCCCAACGACGCUGACGAGAUGGUGGUCGAUGUGCAGACGCAACCGGAUUUGGAGGACUCUGACGAGGAAGUGAUUGAGGAAAUUGAAGACGUUACGCCGCCGCCCCCGACUCGCGAACGCAGAAAAGGCAAGCAAAGAUCGUCAAAGUGAGCAGCCGAAGUCGAUUCGAAUUCUUAAAUUUAUUCCUUUUUAUUGAAAGUACAACAGUAAUUUGUAUUUUCAAUAAUAAAAGUAUUAAAAUCUCUGACUAAACAUUAAAAUCUCUCUUCAUUUUAGCUACGUCAGUGUUUUUUUUUCGCUUCGGUUUUUAUUCUCAUGCCUUUCUUUACAAGUUUCGUAUUUAUCCUUUCGACAAUUUGACAAAUUAACAAUUCUGUAUCUUAUUUUUAUUAUUAUUGGAGUCGAUGAAAAUUUUGCUGGGAGGAAAAUUUUUUGGCGAUUGUAUUUUAUUAUUAUUUACUUUCAACACCCCGCUUUUUUGACGUUGUGACUAAAAAUUGCACUCAUAAUUUAUAUGAGAAUAUAUAGCCAAUAAUUUUUUCUUCUUUGUAUUACUGGAGAAAAUCCGUGAAGCCUAAGAGGGAUCAAAUUGAGUGGUGAGGAAUAAAGUGGUUUGCAGUAAUAAAUCUUGUCCAUCGAAUCUUCUCAUUCAUAAAUUAAUUAUAUGAUAAUUACUCAUUUAAAGUGUGUAACUUUGAUACACUAAUGACGGUGUUCAAUGUGUCAAUACGAAAAUUUCCCCUUUUUUUGCUCCACACAAGAAAUGAGAGAGAGAGAGAGAAUGAGGAAAUUCAUUCCUUCCAAAUUGCCUCCCCAAAUGUUGCAUUUCAAUAGUAAAUGUGUUCUUCUGGACUUAUCCACUAAUAAGAGUCUUCUUACGAGAUACGAUAAUUUAGCAUCUUUGUAACUAUGUUGAAUUAUUAACACGACUGAAUGUUGAGGAGUUGAGUAA